AUGUUAUCACCUAAAUUAGAGCAAAAAGAUGGAAAAAACUAUAAUAAAGACUAUGAAAGAACUGAAGACUCAGAAUCCGGAAAACUAUCAAUUACCUCUGAAGAACCGUCGACCGACACAGCCAGAAUGUUAUCACCUAAAUUAGAGCAAAAAGAUGGAAAAAACUAUAAUAAAGACUAUGAAAGAUCUGAAGACUCAGAAUCCGGAAAACUAUCAAUUACCUCUGAAGAACCGUCGACCGACACAGCCAGAAUGUUAUCACCUAAAUUAGAGCAAAAAGAUGGAAAGAACUACAAUAAAGACUAUGAAAGAUCUGAAGACUCAGAAUCCGGAAAACUAUCAAUUACCUCUGAAGAACCAUCGGCCGACACAGCUAGAACGUUAUCACCUAAAUCAAAGCAAAAAGAUGGAGGAAAAAUGGAAGAUUACAACAAAGGCUAUGGAAGAACGCCUGUUUCCGCUGGUGGAAUGGUAUCACCUGCAAAGGAAAAGGAGGAGCGGAAAAUGGAAGAUUACGCAAAAGAUUAUGAAAGAACGCCGGUUUCCGCUGGUGGAAUGGUAUCACCUGCAAAGGAAAAGGAGGAGCGGAAAAUGGAAGAUUACGCAAAAGAUUAUGAAAGAACGCCGGUUUCCGCUGGUGGAAUGGUAUCACCUGCAAAGGAAAAGGAGGAGCGGAAAAUGGAAGAUUACGCAAAAGAUUAUGAAAGAACGCCGAUUUCCGCUGGUGGAAUGAUAUCACCUGCAAAGGAAAAGGAGGAGCGGAAAAUGGAAGAUUACGCAAAAGAUUAUGAAAGAACGUCGGUUUCCGCUGGUGGAAUGGUAUCACCUGCAAAGGAAAAGGAGGAGCGGAAAAUGGAAGAUUACGCAAAAGAUUAUGAAAGAACGCCGGUUUCCGCUGGUGGAAUGGUAUCACCUACAAAGGAAAAGGAGGAGCGGAAAAUGGAAGAUUACGCAAAAGAUUAUGAAAGAACGCCGGUUUCCGCUGGUGGAAUGGUAUCACCUGCAAAGGAAAAGGAGGAGCGGAAAAUGGAAGAUUACGCAAAAGAUUAUGAAAGAACGCCGGUUUCCGCUGGUGGAAUGGUAUCACCUGCAAAGGAAAAGGAGGAGCGGAAAAUGGAAGAUUACGCAAAAGAUUAUGAAAGAACGUCAGUUUCCGCUGGUGGAAUGGUAUCACCUACAAAGGAAAAGGAGGAGCGGAAAAUGGAAGAUUACGCAAAAGAUUAUGAAACAUCACCUGUCGCUGCUAUUGGAAUGUUAUCAUCUAGACUGGGAAUGAAAGAUAGAAAAAAGGCGGAAAAUUAUGAAAGUGAUUAUGAAACGUGUGAGGAGUCGUCAAUUGACACUGCAAUAAUGGUAUCACCUAAAAUACAGGAAAAGGCGAGAGGAAAGAUAGAGGAUUACAAUAAAGAAUUUGAAAAAUCGCUGGUCGCUGCUGCUGGAACGGUAUCAUAUACAGUGGAUAAGAAAGAUAGAAGAAAGGCAGAAGAUCAUGAUUAUGAAAAUUCUGAAAAAUCAUUGGUUACCUAUGAUCAGUUAUCGGCUGCUACAACUGAAAUGAUAUCAUCUAAAAUGAAAGCAAAGGAUAGAACGAAGACAGAGGAUUACAAAAAUGAUUAUGAAACGUGUGAGGAAUCGUCGGUGAACACUGCAGAAAUGGUAUCACCUAAAGAGAAGGAAAAGGGUAGAAGGCAAAUGCCGAAUUACGACAAAGUCUUUGAUAUGCCAGCACAUGUUUAUUCAUUAUCACCAAGAAAUCAAUCAAAAUCAUUGAAAAUUCAAAAAAGCAAUAAAAUUGCUCAACAAGCCACAUUUUUGACCAUUUAUGAAACUGAACUGGAAAAAGACGACAAUAAGAAUAAUCAAAUGACAGAAAUAAAUAAGGAUGAGAGUGAAAAGGGUAAACAAAAUGAUGCUGUGAUUAACAAUGAUGAUACUGUGAUUGAUAGUGAUGAUUACGAUGAUGAUAAUGAUGAUAGAAGUAUAUACUUCUCGAUUCGAAGUAUGAAAGAAAUGCAGAACAGUCAAAAUUCUGACGAUGAAAGUGUUUAUUUUGCUGUAUCUUCGACAACAGCAGCAAAUAAUGAUCCAACAAGUACUUGGAUCUAA